AUCGGACGUUCUCGCGCUGUCGCCGUCAAGAAGUCGGUGCGCACGUGCGUUAUCGGCCGGUGGCUAAAUGGACCCCCCUCCUCCUCCUGAGUCCUCCUCCUCCUCCCUUACUAGGCGCUCUCGUGCGUCAUGCGCGCCUUAUAUGCCAACCACCACCUUGACCAUCACCGGUUCACCAUUCCCUGCCUUGACUAGUACUGCGAUUCAUGAAUCUGCGUGCGCAUACGCCCGCGUACGUCUCGUCCUACUGAUAUGCAAUACGGUUGUUGUGGUUGCUGUGAGUACUGGGAAUCUGUACUACGCACAAUGCACAAGCUGCUCUGCCCCCAGACCGAGACGACGACGAACGUAUUAUUACACUACAGUCGUAAUCGCGUCAACUGGGCGGUACCCAGGACAAAAUACAAAAUCGCCCUUACGUUGUCAAGUAAUGAAGGUGGCUGCAACGGGUUGGGUGCGCGAAGGCGAUCAUGCGCAAGUCGAGAAUGAGGGACUUACGAUGCGAGUGAGGCACCUAGGCAAUGGUGCAGCUUCCGCUGCCGCUACCGUUGGUGGUGUCGUAGUUGACGGGGACCUGCUCGGUCUCCUCGGGGACGGGGGUAGCGAUGUCGAAAAACGCGUCCAUUUGUGCUCGUAGGUGAGAGUGGGGGAUGGCUUAGAGCGUAGAAGCGGUGAGAGCUCGAGUGGUGUCUCGAAGACUGGACUUGCUCUGAACUGGCUGAGUCGCUGGUGUUCCGUGCUUCCCUCCACCGCAUUUAUACUGGGACUCCUCAGCGCACAACAAUAGCCGGGACUUUCGGGAUGCCUCG